UCCAAAAGAAAAGAAAAAUCAUAACUCCCCCAAAGUCAAAUUUUCAACCUAACAAAAACCAAGUUUUGAUCCAAUCCAAUACCUACCUCCUUCCUCUUCACCUAUCAUGCUAUUUUGACUAUUCUUCUCUCUCCCUUAACCCAAAACCAUGGGACUUCAUCACAGAAAACUGCUAUUAUCCUCUGACUGUGAACAAUUCUGUCAUGAUGCAGAGUUAUGUUCUACAAACUGUGAUGAUUGUCUCGCCAACUGCAAUAGCUACCACCCUCCACCACCACCAUCUUUGGAUCACACCAAACACAAAACCGCCACUUACUUGAUCAUAAGUUUUUCUAUGGUAGCAUUUGUUUUCAUUGUUUUAUGCUGCUAUGCUAUCUAUGUCAAGUUUUUCUCCCGCAGGAACAGUUCAAGAAGGAGAACCUUGUUAACAAGGCAACAAACGGAACAUGGUUUUGCUGUUGAUGAACAACAUGAUGAUGGUUCUGUUGUUGACCACCCCAUAUGGUAUAUUCGAACUCCUGGUCUUCAACAAGCAGUUAUUAAUGCAAUCACUGUUGUUAAAUUUAAGAAAGGUGAAGGCUUGAUUGAUGGGUCGGAUUGUUCUGUUUGUUUGAGUGAGUUUGAAGAAGAUGAGAAUCUUAGACUUUUGCCUAAGUGUAACCAUGCUUUUCAUUUACCUUGUAUUGAUACUUGGCUUGGAUCACACACUAGUUGUCCUAUGUGUAGAGCUCCUAUUGUUGUUGAUCCUCUAAGGAUUCCAUCUAUGGAGCCUAAUGUUUUUGUCGAAAGUUCUCGGAUAGAAGAUUCGGAAAAUAACGGUGAACCUGGAAUUGGAAUUGAAGAUAGAGUUGUUGAUGAUCAAUUGAGAAAUGGUGAAGAAGAGGAAGAAGAAGAUGAAGAGGUUGAGGAAAAUGAGAGUUCAGCUUUAGAGAUGGUAAAUGUGCAGCCAAGAAGAUCAGUUUCUUUUGAUUCUUCUUCUGCUGCUAAGAUCAAUCUUGCUCUUUCCAAUAAGCAAGAGGUAGGUGAAGUCAAUGAACAAAUUGUUUCAAAGAGGGUUGGUGGAAAUGGCAAUAUGGGAAAUAUGCAUAGUGCUCCUAGCUCAAUGGAUAGGUCAAGAUCCUUCAAUGGAAAACAUCUACUAUCUUUGUAUAGCAGCAAUCAGAAGAAGUCAAAUGUUCCACCUAGAAGCUUUUGAUUGUGUUCUUGUUCUUGCAUACUACAAUGUUUUUUUUUUUCUUUCUAACUCAACAAGAUUAUGAGAGUUUGAGAAUUUUAUGUAUGAAUUAAAUAAAUCAAUGUUAUCAUAAACAAAAAGUAGUGUAAUGUGAUCAUGAGCAAUAAAUAUGAACGCGUGAGUUAUGAUU